AUGUUCAAGCGCAUAUGGCAAGUUCUGCUAGAAUUCCUGUCGGAUCAGGUUGUCUCAGGAAGCCGUGAGAAGUUUGUGCUAAGUUCUGUGUACAGUAGCCUGCCCCCUGAUCUUCAAAGGAACAUUGUAGCUGUCAUCUUCCAGCAUCGAGGGGACAUCAAAAUGGAGGUUCUCAGACAGUUUGUCCUGGAGGUGAAAGCUCCACACACCACCAUCUCCUGGACCACCCUGUUGUGGCGGCUGCUGGCUGAGCAUGUUGGUGUUACACCCACAGUGAAUCCCACCAUGGCACUUCUUGGACAAGAAGUGUCACCAGCUGGCGCAUACGUCACUGCUUCUAAAGAAUCUCCUGACAAGGUGGUGACCAAAACAGCAGGUGCUUGUGGUGCCGCAGUCAGUGAGGGGAUUCAGAAUCCUGUCUUGGAAGGUGGAGAGGAGGAGAAACAUGCUCUUGGUGGAGGAGAGGAGGAUCCGGACUUCAUAAUUAUCCUGGAUGAGGAUGAAGAUGGAUGUGAACCACCAACAGCCAAGAAAAUAAAAAGUGAAGCUGUCGAAGAAAUGAAACCUGCAAUUGCUUGUGAUAAAGAGACAUGUGACUUGGACCAAGAACUUGUGGAUAACGGUAUUAGACUGCGGGAGAUUCUUCUGGGGUCUGCAGAUGACAGUGUAAGCAUUGAAGGGGAGCUUCGAACCUUUCUCCUUACACCACCCAGCAAGCUCACUGCACUGUGCCGAGCAAGUGAGUUGACCAACCUACCAGACCAAGUCCUGGCCGUCGUGGGGAGGGUGCUGGUCAAGAUGUCCGACAGCGUGACAUACAGAUCUUGUGUGGCUCUGUUGGCUGGACUAGUCACUGAUAAGGUGAGGAGCCUGGAGCAGUCAGCAGCGAGGACGCUGCAGGACACAUUGAUCUCACUGGCCGAGACUUUCCCUCAUCAACUCAUUGAUGCUAUAGUGGUUCCAGCUGUAGUACAGGAAUUAGGUGCAGCCCAGAGUGAGAUUCUUUGUCGUCUGUGUAAAGACUCUCUGUUGCCGAGCCAUCAUGCUUAUCUGCUCAGGAUGUUUGUCAGACAGACUGUGACGCUUAGUGAGCCUUCACUUACCGUUCUUCAUGUUGCUAUGGAUACCAAGCCUGAUUUGGAUGAAGAAGAUUCAACAGCCAUCUUGGAUUGCUUGUCUCGGUCUGCAAACCAGUUCCAUAGCAAUCUAAAGUUUGGGAAACUGCUGUUGAGCUUUGUUAAUAAAUAUGCCAAACAGUGGACUCCGCUGCAAGUAGCAAUGAUGGGCCAUAUUUGUGGACAUCACAAGACCUUCUUGCAGAAGACAAUAAGUUCCACCUUAAAGAGGCUGACCAGAUGACCAACCAUUGCUGCAAUGCAGAAGACGGCAUUUUUUAAAUUGAAGAGUGAGUGCAAUGCAGAAGACAGCGGUUCUAAAUUGAAGAGACUGACCAGAUGACCAACCAUUGCUUCAGUAGUCAUUAGGGCUGCGCAAUAUAACCGGUUUACCGGUAUUUACCGGUUCAGACAUGAAAACGAUACGUAUUGCGAUACGCUGAUCGAA